AUGGACAAAUGGAGAGAGUGCCCAGCUGCUGUCCAUGUUGACUUUUUGCUACAGGAACCACACCCUACAGACACCAUGCGGUGUUCUGUCAGGCGCUGCUUCAUAACGUCAGUGGGCAUCGGAUUCCUGUGGCUCUUCAUCACUUUGAAAAUCCCCGAGGAAAUUGAAGAUGAUCAAAACAUGAUGGCUAUCAAAGGCCAGGUAGCAACCCUUGCUCUCCGUGUGGGAAUUGAGGAUGUAGCGUGGGAAUGGUAUGAACAGGUAGUUUCUCAAAGCACCUGUACCCUUCACCUGAGAGCAGGAAGCUCCAAAGGGAGUUGGGAUAUGAACUUGGACCCGUCGGUCCAUAAAGAAGCUGCUCCCCCACCCCCAAUAUUUGUUAAGGAGGACAAUUAUGACAAAAGGAAAGACCCGAGACCACUAGAAGACUGGCACAAUCUUACCUUCGAAUAUUUUAAAACAAUUCAGCAGAGAAGAAAGACAUGGCUGACAGUGGGCAUCUCCUCAGUGCCACAACCAGAUCAAAGAAGGCUCUUGUACACACUGGUCUCUCUGUUCCGUGCUUCCUCUAAGAUUGAGCAGAAACGUCUCACAGUGCUGGUCCACCUGGCACAUUCUGACCUCACCGGGCUCAGAGAAACCGUUCUCCAUAUUUCAACCCUCUUCAGCCCACAGAUCUUGGCAGGGCAGUUGCUACUGAUCCAUGCUCCUCCUGACGCCUACCCCUCCGUGGAUGACAUGAGGAACGAGGCCCAUCAUGGGGAAUUCUACUCUAAGCAGAAUAUAGAUCACGCCUUCCUCAUGAGCUUUGCCACAAGGCUCUCUGAAUACUUCCUGUUACUGGAGGACAAUGUCUUUUCUGCCCCCAACUUUAUCACCCACAUUCAUUGGAAGGUGAACACCAUGAGGUCCAACCCAUGGGUGCUACUGGAGUUCUCUAAUAUGGGCAUCCUUGGCAAACUCUUCCACAGCAAAGACCUCCCACUCCUGGCCCAUUUCUUACUUCUUUUCUACAAGGAGAAGCCCCUUGACAGGCUGAUCCCCCACUUCCGUACCCUCCUAGCUCAGAAAAACCCAAUCAUCUGCAGACCUUUCCUUUUCUACCACAGGUUCUCCUACCACAUCUCUAAUGACACCCAGAAGGCCACACCAGUUCAGAAAAAGAACCCCUAUGUUCCUGACAACCCACCUGGAGCCAUUUUCACGGAUAUGAAGGUUUUUGAUGUUCAUUUCCCCUGGGAAGCCUACACCCUGGACGAGUCAUUCUUCUGGACCCACAAUGUUAGUGCAGGGAACCACCUGACAGUCAUUUUGAACCAUCCGGCGAGCUUGAGCAAAGUGCAAGUAUUGACAGGCACCAUCGUGGAUGGAAAGUACACCCUGAAGAAGGGGCAAGUGGAACUGGGCUACGACCCUGAGGGAAUGCCUCAAUACUGUACCAGCUUCACCUUGCUGGGCCAUCUCUUCGAAGGGCAGAUGAAUCAGGAGAUAUUUCUGAAAAGGAUGGGGCACAAUGUGAGCUGCGUAAGGCUGGUGGUGAAGGCUGAUCAGGUUGGUGGUCUUAUAAUCAGGCAUAUUUACCUCUGGGAGCAAAAUACCAAAGAUAUGGAAGCAGCUCGGAGUUGGAGGUAA